AGGUCUGGCACGAUCACCAUCGCGGAGUUCAAGGCGGUGCUGCAGGAGAGAAGUUCCACAUCGACGAUGAGCACGUUGCAGCAGCCUUCGCGUCUUUGGACACAAACCACGAGGAGAUCCACUACUCCGAGUUUCUCGCGGCAAUGGUGUCGUCCCGCAUCCAGGUCCACGAUGACCUCCUCAAGCAAACGUUCAAGCGCUUCGACACGCACAACCACGGCUACAUCACGAAGGACGACCUGCGGCAGGUGCUGGGCCAGGUGUACGAGGGGGAGGAGCGCUCCGCGCGGGAGGGGGGGCUGACACAUCCCACGACGGCAAGAUCGACUACGACGAGAGUUCAUCCGCUUCAUCAAGGAGGACGGCCAGGAGCACCACCACGAGGACGCGGAGAGGCCCACAAGCACCCGGACAACGCGCACAGGGCGCCCAGGAUGAAGCCCAUCAUGGACACCAUGAAGGCGCUGGGCAGCCACGUGCACGUCCCCCACGCCCCCCACCUCCCCGAGACAGGGAAGAAGUCCGGCGGCGGGAAGUGCUGCGCGCUGAUGUGAGGCUCCGGGCGGAGGUGGGGCGCCCCCCCGCCGGGCCGCCGCGCGACGAGUUGGGGCGCGCGCCUCCGCCCGCCGGCGAACGGCGCUGGCCCCGACCGCCCGCGGUCGGGCGCUCGGACCCGGGCGCUCGCCCACCGCGGGCCGGUCCCCGACCCGGGCAGGCCGCGGGGCGGUGGCCUGCACACUUUCACCCGCGCGCGCGGUACCCGCGCCCGCGCGGUGCCCACGCGGCGCGCGCGCGCACGCGGCGAGGCUCAAAGCCCCAGCCAGCCGCGCGCCCAAGA